AAAAAAGAAAGAAAAAGAGGAAGAAGUAUCGUUCGAAAAGAGGGGAGUCUCAGGAAAAAAACUAAAGGAAGAUUUUUUCCGGUGACGGUGUCGGUUUCUCUGACGCUCCCCCCUGUUUUUCAAUCUUUCUCCGUCUCUCCCUGAAUGCCUUCAUCUGUAUUCAGGAAAAUUGCGGCGAUUCAUGGUUGGAGGAGCGAAUACUUAAAAGGGCACAAUGGAUUCAAGCGAAGCAAAGGACACACCAUCUUGUGACUGUAUAUAAAUAACGUCGAUUUGUGUAGGUUUUAAAAAAUCGAUUUUUUUGUUCUUUACUUGUGUAAAUAUAUAAAGAAUAGGGAGUGCCAAAAUUUUGGCAUGAAUUGCUUGGCAACGACCAUAAUCAUCACCUGCAAGCCCUCAUUGAUCUCGGAUAUGGCCGUGGCUAUUGAUCCAUUCAGCGACCAGUUCCCUUACUUCAACCGAUCCUCACAAAGAUGCAGACUCCAAUCAUUAACCAACCUUGACUUCAACUUCCUUGAAUCUAACCUCGCGCAAUCUCUUAAUCGAACGUCUCAAGAUGACAACAUCCAUCGAAGCGUCUCUUCUCCUUGCUUCUCCAUAGCUGCGUCUGCUAAUAUGGAGGAAGAUCUUAAAGCAACCGCCGCUCCACGGAUUGAGAUUCUUGGUGGCCAGAGAGUUCCCACGGUUCGUGCCCUUGUGGCUGAGGUGACCAUGGCUAUGGUAUCUGGAGCUCAGCCUCUGCUUUUACCAAGUGGCUUGGGAGGUGCUUAUCUCUUGCAAACCGGAAAGGGUCAUAACAUUGCUGUGGCUAAACCGGUUGAUGAAGAGCCUUUAGCCUUCAACAAUCCCAAAAAGUCUGGAAGUUUGAUGCUUGGGCAACCGGGAAUGAAGCAUUCUAUUCCUGUUGGUGAAACCGGUAUCAGAGAGUUAGCUGCUUACCUUCUGGAUUACCAAGGCUUCUCUGGUGUUCCACCAACAGCUUUGGUUAGCAUCUCGCAUGUCCCGUUCCACGUCAGGGACGCAUUCUCAUUCUCCUCCAUGCCCUAUAAGGUUGCUUCCUUGCAGCGUUUUGUGUGUCAUGAUUUUGAUGCGGGGGAAUUGGGUCCAGGAAGCUUCACGGUUGCUUCGGUUCAUAGGAUUGGAAUACUUGACGUGAGAGUCUUGAACCUUGACAGGCACGCGGGGAAUAUGCUAGUGAAGAGAUGUGACCAAGACAAGGUUUGUAAUCGAGUUGGGACCGCUGAGCUUGUGCCUAUAGAUCAUGGUCUUUGCCUCCCUGAAUGCCUAGAUGAUCCUUACUUCGAAUGGCUAAACUGGCCUCAAUCUUUGGUUCCAUUCAACGACACUGAGCUGCAGUAUAUAUCUAAUCUGGACCCUUUCAAAGACGCAGAACUUCUGAGAAAUGAACUACACUCUUUGCCUGAAUCUGCCAUACGGGUCCUCAUCGUCUGCACGGUUUUCUUGAAACAAGCAGCAGCUGCAGGGCUCUGUCUUGCAGAUAUAGGUGAGAAGAUGACUCGGGAUUUCUCAAGAGGUGAAGAUAGUUUCAGUCUGUUGGAGACCCUCUGCACCAAAGCGAAAGCAACUGUAGUUGGCAAAACUUACGAAGGCGGUGACUAUAGUUACCAAGGAAAUGAAGAGAAUGCGGAGCCAGUGGGUGGAAUGUUCAAGUUUGACGGUGGAGAUACCCCAUGUGAAACGGAGAUUUCAGAGGUCUUUCAUGUAUCUAAACCACCUUUGGCUCCAAAAGGGCCACGUGCAAACUCCAUACCUGGCAAUGUCUCUGCUUCGAUGUUGUCCUUACGAAACCAGCGGAUUACUCAUCAUGAAAAACCUACUGUGAAUGCGAAAGAAAAUAAGCGAGGAGGCACCAUGAGGAGUAGGAGCAGGAGCCCACCGAUGUGUGUGAAGAAUGCUGAAUCAGAAGGUGUUUCUUUCGGGGACAUGACAACAGUUGAAUGGGAUAUGUUCCUGCAGAGCUUCCAGACACUUUUGCAAGAUGCACUGAGCAAAGGGUCAACGCCAAUAUUAGGAAAACAAUAAAAAAAAAAAAAAAAAGAAGACAGGAAGACGACAACCAAAGAGAUGAAAU